GGGCGGGGCCGAACAGAGGAGACCGGUGUGCGGCAGUGUGGAGGGGCGGCGGCGCGGGCAGGCGGCCGGCCAUGAUCGCGUCCUGCCUAUAUUACCUGCUGCUGCCGGCCGCGCGCCUCUUCCGCUUCCUCUCAGAUGCUUUCUUUACAUGUCGAAAAAAUGCCCUUCUGGCGAAGAGCUCGUCCCCCCAGGUAGAGGGUAACUUUGCCAUGGCCCCUCGGGGGCCUGACCAAGAGGAGUGUGAGGGCCUGCUGCAGCAGUGGCGAGAAGAAGGGUGGAACCAGGCACUCUCAACUGCAAGUGAGGGUCCUCUUGCAGAUAAGGGACUAGCUGAAAGCAGUCUGGCACUCCUGAUGGAUAAUUCUGGAGAACAGGAUGCUGCCUCGGAGGACAAGUGGUCCAGCAGGCAACUGAGUGACCUUCGGGCAGCAGAGAACCUGGACCAGCCUUUCCCUGAGGUGCUAGGGGAAGAGCCUCUGGCUGAGGUUGAGGGUCCUUUGUGGGCAGCUGUUCCGGUACAGUCAGGCCCCCAGUAUGCAGACUGUGCUGUUCUCCCAAUGGGUGCAAUGGCUGCAGAACAAUGGGAAGAGGACCCUGCAAUGGUGGCCUGGAGCAUAGCACCGGAGCCUAUGCCCCAGGAAGAAACUUCCAUGUGGCCCUUUGAAGGCCUGGAACAGCUGCAGCCUCCCCCAAUGGAAAUACCUUAUCAUGAAAUCCUGUGGCGAGAAUGGGAGGAUUUCUCCACACAGCCAGAUGCUCAGGGUCUGGAGGCAGGAGAUGGCCCUCAGUUCCAGUUUACUCUGAUGUCAUAUAAUAUCCUGGCCCAGGACCUGAUGCAGCAGAGCUCAGAGCUCUAUCUGCAUUGCCAUCCAGACAUCCUCAACUGGAAUUACCGCUUUGCCAACCUCAUGCAGGAAUUCCAGCAUUGGGACCCGGAUAUCCUGUGUCUUCAGGAAGUCCAGGAAGACCAUUACUGGGAGCAGCUGGAGCCCUCUCUGCGGAUGAUGGGCUUCACCUGUUUUUACAAGAGGAGGACUGGGUGUAAAACAGAUGGCUGCGCUGUGUGCUACAAGCCCACCAGGUUCCGUCUGCUCUGUGCCAGCCCUGUGGAGUACUUCCGGCCUGGGUUGGAGCUCCUCAAUCGGGACAAUGUGGGCUUAGUGUUGCUGCUGCAGCCACUAGUGCCCGAAGGUCUGGGGCAAGUCUCAGUGGCUCCCCUGUGUGUGGCAAAUACCCAUGUCCUGUACAACCCACGUCGGGGUGAUGUCAAGCUGGCCCAGAUGGCCAUUCUUCUGGCUGAGGUGGACAAGGUGGCCAGGUUGUCAGAUGGUAGCCACUGUCCUAUCAUCUUGUGUGGGGACCUGAAUUCUGUCCCUGACUCACCUCUCUACAACUUCAUCAGGGAUGGCGAGCUCCAGUACAAUGGGAUGCCAGCCUGGAAGGUUUCUGGACAGGAAGACUUCUCUCAUCAGCUUUAUCAGAGGAAGCUGCAGGCCCCACUGUGGCCCAGCUCUCUGGGCAUCACUGAUUGCUGUCAAUAUGUCACCUCCUGUCAUCCCAAGAGAUCAGAGAGACUAAAAUAUGGCCGAGACUUCCUACUACGAUUCCGCUUCUGCGACCUUGCUUGUCAGCGACCAGUAGGACUGGUUCUCAUGGAAGGAGUGACAGACACUAAGCCAGAUCGACCUGCUGGUUGGGCCGAGUGUAUCUUUGAGGAAGAGAUAUCUGAACUUGAGCCUGUCUUCCCCAGGACAAUAGGCACCAUCCAGCACUGCCUCCACCUGACCUCGGUCUAUACCCAUUUCCUGCCCCAGCAUGGCCGCCCAGAGGUCACCACGAUGCCCUUAGGUCUUGGGAUGACAGUGGAUUACAUUUUUUUCUCAGCUGAAUCCUGUGAGAAUGAGAACAGAACUGAUCACAGGCUGGAUGGAGAUGGAACUCUCAAGCUCCUGGGCCGCCUCUCCCUCCUCUCUGAAGAGAUUCUCUGGGCUGCCAAUGGCUUACCCAACCCUUUCUACUCUUCAGACCAUCUCUGCUUGCUUGCCAGCUUCGGCAUGGAAGUCGCUGCCCCAUGAGGGCCCCCAGGGAAAGAGCUCACUGGAUCGACGACUGCAAAUGCCCCGUGCUGUGGAAACUUACGUCCCUUCCCUCGUUCCCUCCUGCCCGUGGUUGACUUUCUCCAGGCCUGUCCAUGUUCUCGGCCUGUGGUCCCUGCCCUGCCCCAACCUCUUCCUAAUCCUGUGCCACAUGCUAGGUGGCCCGGGGAGAGGUGGAGAGCAUUCCUCUUUCUUCCAUGUACCCAGCACCCCCUCCCCCCAUUGAUUUUUAAUGACCAGGGUUGCGGGAGUUAUUGAUCUCAUUGGUUAUUCGUUUCAGGACACUUCUUGGUGGCACCCUCUGACCCAACCUUCCCCUUCCUUUCAUGACCUCUGGGCUCUGGCAUGCACAUGCAAGGUGUGUGUGAAGCAUGAGUUCCCUUGGGGUGGGACUGCCCAGCACAGCCUCUGCCUAGUCCGUGUGCUACCAUGAGGUGCUGGGCUGGCAACAAGCAAGAGCAUGACAUAGUAGCUGGGUGCCGUUAGGAGGCAGUAGGUGUGGGGCCCUUUUCUCCCUGUCAGUCAUCUAGGCAUCCUGGGCACACUUGUUAUUUUUGGAGACAAAUUGGCCCACAGCCUGGAGCAGCAGCUCAGGAAUACCCUAUACCCCAGAUCUCCUCACUGAUUUCCUUGAGGAAGGCGGGUUGAUGCCUCGUGCGAGGUUCACUGAGCUAGCACAGCGCUGGGAAGCUUUAAGGCAUUUUAAGGAUGAGGAGACUGAACCUUCAGAGAACUGUUGUCUCACCAGACUCUGAAGAACUGGGUAAGAGUUGGAGUCCCAGUAGAAAGAGCCGGAGGUUCUACAGCAGCCUUAGCCAGCACUGGGGCCCCAGAGGGCUUGAUCUCUGACCUCUGUGCACCUAAGAUAGUUUGUUUUCUUCUUCUCAUCCCCCACCCCUCCCAUUUUCUCUCUGGAGAAGCCUGCUGUUUAGCUCAGGCCAAAACAUCUCAACAGAAGCCUGGCUUUGGGCAAAUUAGGUCUAAGAACUCAAGGUGGUGGUGCUUGCCCAUUUGCUCUGCCUUCCCCUCCAAAACAUGGGCUCCCCUAACCUAUUGAACUGUAGCCCAAACUGUGUCACCUGCAUGCCUUAUUCACUGCUGAGGUGCAGCCUAGGUCAGAGCCUCUACAUAGCUUUAACUCAGAAUAUCUGCUGGCCCAGAGACUAGGGAAUUGACUGAGGCUGGUUAGGCACGGUGGAGCAGAAGUUACAUCCUUCCCUUGAUUUGAAAGCCAGAGACCGGGCUGGAAUGCUACUGCUGCACUGCUGACUCUCAGCUUUCCAUGCUCAGGUCUGGGGGACUUCUUUUCCUGUGUGUGUCUAUUUUUAAGUUUUGUUUUCUGGGUACUGGACAUCUGCCUGUCUGAGCCCCAGGCCCAUCUGUCCACAGCCCACUUUUCAUGGUAGCUCUCUGGGCACCUCCUGAGAUGGUUCCACAACCGUCCCUGUUGGUUCUCAGAACAAGGGCCAGUGAUUGUUCCCUCUGCCAGGAAAUGCAGGUUCAACUGCUGAAGGAGGUGGAGGGCCAGAGCUUGAUGGUUUAUCUUUUCCUUGUUUUCUUCUUUGUUUCUGUUUUAGAAAUGAAGUGUGGGGGUUUAAAUGGCAUUUAAACUGCACCCUGGAGCUGGCAGCACCAGGCAAUGUUUUUUUUCCAAAUAAAGGCUUAUCAUGCCCCCUA